AUGCGGUUCUUUAUCCGUGCUCUUUCUCUUGCUGCAGCUGCCGCAUCAUUUCUUGCUCAUGCGGCACCUCUCACAACUCGCUCAACCGAAGAUUCGAUCGCGGGCCGAUACAUCGUACAGCUCAAGCCGGACGUGGACGUCGCAACAUUUACCGCUCACCGCGAGAAGGUCCGCAGUAUAGUAGCUCGCCAUCUCGGACGACGAGACGACGUCGACCUGAACGCCGGGAUCGAUCAGGAGUACAACUUCGGAGACUUCAAGGGCUAUGCCGGGGCCUUCGAUCCAGCCGUUGUUGCCGAAUUGGAGGCAUUAGAUGAUGUUUUCCUUGUCGAGAAAGACUUCCUGAUGUAUCCUACAGCUUUGGUAACGCAAACCAACGCACCAUGGGGUCUUGCAAGCGUAUCCUCCAGGACCAGAGGAGCCACCAGUUAUGUAUACGAUUCGACAGCUGGCGACAAAACCUACUCGUAUGUACUAGACAGUGGAAUCCGAACGACCCAUGACGAGUUCGAAGGCCGCGCUUCCUGGGGCUACAAUGCAGCCAACACCAACAAUGCCGAUGUCACCGGCCAUGGCACCCACGUAGCUGGUGUAAUUGGUUCAAAGACCUACGGCGUCGCCAAGAAGACGAAUCUCAUUGCGGUUAAAGUGAUAGGCGAUGAUAACGUGGCAGCUGGCUCCAGUGUGCUGGCGGGCUUGAACUGGGUAACAAACGAUAUCGUCACCAAAAGCCGACUGGGUUCAGCCGUGGUGAACUUAUCGCUCGGUGGGGCAGCCUCCUCAUCCAUGGAUAACGCUGUCAACGCACUGGCAAACCGAGGUAUAUUGCCUGUCGUCGCUGCAGGAAACGAAAACCAGCCGGCCGCAAAUGUCUCGCCAGCUCGUGCUGCCAAUGCUCUGUGCGUAGGAAGCGUUCAAUCGAAUGAUGCUCGUUCUUCGACGUCGAAUUACGGAUCGGCCGUAGACAUCUGGGCUCCGGGUGGUGAUAUCACGUCUACCUGGCACACCUCGGAUACAGCCACAAUGACAGCGAGUGGUACUUCGGCGUCUGCACCAUUUGUGGCUGGCAUAGUGUCUUAUCUGCGGGGUCUCGAAGGGCAAUCGAUUGGCCCGGCCGCGAGGGCAAGAGUUUUGGCAUUGGCUACUAUGUAG